CAGAAUCUCAAGAUUCACAAUCUGCAUCUUGCAUGUACUUAACAAUCUAUAUAUACUCACCCCUCCCUCUCAUCAACUUCCAAACAAAACAGAGCAAAAAAAACAGAGCAACCACAAUGAUGAUGCAGAAUCAACAAGAUGACAACCCCUUUCUCACCACCAUCACCCACCAGGAACCCAUCAUUACCCACCGAGAAGUCUCCGAAAACACCAGUGGCUCCACCAAGCGAAAGCUUCUCUUCUCAUCAUCAUCCCCUGUUUCCAAGAAACCCAACUUAUCACCUUCCCCUGUUUCCUCCCCUGUUCUCUCCCCCCACUCUCUCCAGGGUUUCAAGAAAAUCCAACUCCCACCCACCAUUCUCCGUCGCACAAUCUCCGAACCCCUUGAUCCCAAUUGCCGCUUCUCCAACCCUCUGUCACCCGAAAUUCUUGAAAGAUCCCUCUCUGACCUUGGUCUGGUUGAGGUAAAAUCGCCUGAAAAUGACCCGAGGACCGUCCCGGUGGUGAAUGUUGUGGAGACUACUCCGAGUUCUUUGCCUCCUCGUAGCCCUGUGCUUGGUCGAAAAAUAUCUGAUGCAAUGAGUUCAGGGAAGAUUGGCUCAGACUCAAAAGAGAGCCCUAGUUCCUUGGAGUUGAAGAAGAUCAAGAAGGGGUUGAGACAGAUGAGUCAAUGGUUCAGUGAAGCUCUCGAAAUGGAAGAUGAUCAAGAAGAAGAAGAAGAAGAACAGAAAGGCUGUCUCUGUAAACAUAAAACUGAAAAUCCCAAGGGAAAAGAGUGCAGUGAAGCAGAGAAAGAAAUUGAUGAAGAGGCAGUGAGUGUGGAUAAAACUGGAGGAUGCCUGAUCAUUAAGUUCAAGUGUCCCUGUAGCAAAGCCUAUCAUCUUCUUCUUUCUGGAAACUCCUGCUACUACAAGCUUAUUUGACGAUACAAAGUACGCAAGCCACCAUCAAAAUUGUACUAGUUCAUCAUUCUAUGCUCCUGGGAUCUCUCAGUUCAUUUCGACAUUGAGUUGGUUCAUCAUUCUAUGUUCCUGGAAUCUCUUCUCAAAUUUCUGUCCAGUGUUCAGUUCGUUAAUGUCGAUUACUUUUAGGAAGUUCUGUAAGAAAAUGUUGAUAGGUUUACAUUUGUUUACAAUUGAAUCAUCUGGAAAGAUUUCUAGUAAUACUGUAGCUGACAUGAUAUAUAAUGGAAUUGAGGAUCUCCGAUUUACUGCGUUCAGUUUUUACUUUUUAGUAUUGGUCUUUACUGUAAAGCAUUGAGUUUUUCCUUUCAUUCUAAUUUUCUAUGAUUAG